UAUGGUGGUGUUUGGAUGAUAGUACAGAGAAAGAAGAAGAUGUUGAUAAGGAUGAAAAUAAAGUAUCCAACGACGAUCUGAAGCCUGAUGCACCAAGUUGUAAGAUGAGUUUAUUUGAAUGGUUCUGGGACAAUGUGGAUUGCGAUGAUUCUAUAAAGAAGGUAGAAAGUGUAGAGGCAAAGAUGAUUAAUGUAGUGAAUAUUGAUCUAGAUGAAGAAGGUAAAACGGAUAUGAGUGAAUUGAAAGUGGAGAACUUACCUGAAAGCCUUGAUGAGGAAGAAAACAGAAAUGAUGGAGUUCAAGCAUUGGAAUAUUGUCAAAAAUUUGCUGAUAAGGAAAAUGUUAGUAAAUUAUUUGGGGAACCUAAAUUGGAGGAUGUUUAUAGAUUAGUAUUUGAUCGAGAAAAAAUAAUAAUAAUCAGCAUUGACGUAGUUGGACUUAAUGAAGAUGUGGGAAAGAUUAGUAUCGAAAAUGAUAAUUUAGUAAUUGAUGAUAAUGAUGAUCUGGUGAAAUGUGGGAUGAAAAAUAACAAUAAUGGGGAUAAAGCUCAUGAUGGAAAUGUUAGAGAAAAACAUGAUGAAAAAAGGAAAUACACAUACUGUUGUGAAUAUAAAUUUCGUGAUGAAGCAUCUUGCCAUGAUGAACAUCUUGAUUGUGUCUACAAAUCAGGUGUGAAAAUCGAAAGGAAUGAGAAGGACAGGUUGGAUAUAAGGAAUAGAGUGGAUGAGUUAGAGGAUAACAAAGUAAAAGGGAAAGAGGCAAAAGUGAAAAAUGAUGUUGAGGAAGUGGUAAUAACUCAAGUAGAGAAUGAUAUGCAAAUGAUAAAGUGA